AUGGUAAAAUUAAAACUCAACACCGCGCUAUCGAACCUGGCGGCGGCGGCGGCAUCCGACAAGAAGAACAACAAAGUCUCAUCCCCGAAAGUAGCCGCACCAAAGAUCAAGCUCAAGACGAAACCCACCGGCGGGCCGACGCUCAAGCUCCGAACGCCAUCAAUGUCACAGCCGCCUUCCGCAGCAGCCCCCGGCGCGCUCAACUCCCCGGCACCAAUCAAGACCCCCGUGGUGAAAUUCAAGACCAAGGCGACGCACAACGCCCACAAACAGCGACGGCGCGAACCUGGCAACGGGUAUGAUUCUGAGGCGUCGGAUAGGGAAGAAGAUCCCGCGAUUGAGGAGCAGUUUAUCCUGCGUAUGCAGCCUGGUGAGGACUGCGAGUACCUUCGCGAAGCGAUUGAGAAGAAGGAGUUGAACGUGACGACGGAUGUGUGGAUGAAAUUCAAGGACUCACGCAGGGCAGUGGUAGGCGUCCGUGGGAAUUUGUAUGGUGCUCUGCUAGUAGACCUGCCAUGCAUUAUCGAGUCGAACAAGACCUUGGAUAAGAAGGCAAUCUUCAAAACGGCGGACAUAUCGCAAAUGCUGGUCGUCGGCGACCGGAUCGAGAAGGAGGAGGAAGUGCUCACCAUCCCCGCCCGUCCCCAGGACCUGACAUACCCGCACGGAGUUACCCCGCCAAUGCACUACGCCCGCAAACGCCGCUUCAGGAAACGCAUAUCAAACCGCACCAUCGAAGCGGUGGAAGCCGAGGUCGAACGUCUCCUAGCUGAGGACGCCAAGGCCGAAAGCUCAAAGUUCAGUCUGGUGGACGCAGUGGAGCUCGAGCGCGAGGAAAUCAACGUAAUGUCGGACGUAGAUCCAAAUGACGGCUCAUACGACCUCCUGGGCGACCAGGAAUACGACUACGACCAGGAUGCCGAAGGCGAGAUAGACGAGGACUACGCCGGAGCUGCAGGAGCGGGAGGAGCGGGAGGAGCGGGAGAUGACGUGGACGUGGACGGAGAUACUCUGGCCAACGACCUCGAAUCCGCCCUCAUGGACGAGGGCCCCGAAGCCGACGACAACAACAACACCGGCGGCAACGCCCUCCACCCCGCCGGCCAAAACGGUACCGCCGCCGCCACCCCCGCUGACGAGGAAACCGAUGACGACGAUGACGACGACGAAGAGGAGGAAGCGGGCGAUCUGGACGAGGACGCGACCGAGGCUGCCCAAGUGAGGGAGAAAGUUAAGGGGGAAAUCCACGACCUCCAAGCCGCUAUCCGUGCCAAACAGAAGGAGUUGUCCAAAAUUACCAACAGCCUCCUACGCGGCAGGGUGGAACUUGUCAUCGCGAGCUUACAGCGCGAGCUGGAGAUGAAGAUGUCGCAGGCAAUGGGCAGGCAGCAGUAA